CAACUAAAGAGGGGGACAUAGUGAAAGUACCUUGACAUUGUCGAGUAUAUAAACUCCAAACUCCCCAAUUCAUUCAUCAGUCCAACAAACUGCAUUAAUCUUCUUUCAUUUCAUUUUACACAAAACCCAAGCCAGUGUACAAUGAAGUCCUUUGUAUGCGUAGCACUCCUUUGCGCUUUUGCCACCGUAAAUGCCGGUUUCUCGAGCAGUUACGGCGGAGGCGGCGGCGGCCAUGAGGAAGGCGGCUACGGAGGCGGCCACGACAUCUCUCACACUGUCGAAAUCCACAAACCAGUUCCAGUUCCAGUUUAUCAGCACGUCAGCGUACCCAUCCCGCAUGCGGUUCCGGUUCCGGUACCAAAACCAGUCGCGGUACCCGUCCCCCAGCCCUACCCCGUCCACGUGCACGUGCCCCAGCCCGUCGCAGUACCCGUCAUCAAGACCAUCACCGUGCCGGUGGAAAAACCAGUACCAUUUAAGGUCGAAAAAGAGGUGCAUUACCACGUGGAAAAACCGGUACCGGUACCAGUCGAAAAACACAUACAAAUACCCAUACCCAAGCCCGUUCCUGUUAAAGUGCCCGUCUACAAGACCAUCUAUCAUCAUAGCAAGCACUGAUCCAAAAAUGCAAGGCUGUUACCAUCAUCUUUCAUAGUCAUUUCUCAUUUGUUGUUGUUUUUUAUUUGUUAAUUUUUUUUUUUUACUUAAUUAAAUAAGUUUUCUAUAA